AUGUCGAAAGCUUCGGAUACGCCUACCUUUAGUCAGUUCGCGUGCGUGGGGACUGGGUUCUCGGCGAUCGGGCUGGGAGCUACGUUGAAAAGAUGGUACGGCAUCGGCGACAUCAAAUUCUUUGAGCGGCACAGUGAUCUCGGAGGAACAUGGUUCAUCAACCAAUACCCAGGAUGUGCAUGCGAUAUACCCAGCGCAUUGUACAGCUUCUCGUUCGAGUCCAACCCAGACUGGAGUCGAGUCCUGCCUCCGCAACAGGAGCUAUGGCAGUACCUCCACGAUGUGGCUGAGAAAUACUCGCUCAUAGAGAAGAUGAGGUUCGGCGUCAAUGUCGAGCAAUGCGUCUGGUCGGAAGAACGCAAACGCUGGAGGAUGAACAUUCGUCACUACGAAACCAACCAAGUCUUUGCGCAUGAGUGUCAGUUUCUCUUUGCUGCCACAGGACAACUCAUGCAGCCGCGAGAGAUCGACGUUCCCGGUUCAGCAAGCUUCAAGGGUCGCAUCUUUCAUUCGUCCCGGUGGGAUCAAACCCUGGAUAUCCAAGACAAGAAAGUUGUUGUCAUUGGAAACGGGUGUACCGCAUCGCAAAUCGUCCCGGCGAUUGUAGGCAAGACGAAGCACCUCACGCAAGCUAUCCGCACAAAGCACUGGAUCUUACCCCCCGUCGACAACGAGAAUACAGAGUUCAUGAAGAACGUCUUGAGACAUGUGCCAGGAACACAGACGCUGCAAAGAUUUCUGGUCUUCGCUGCGGCAGAAAACACACUGCGAGGGUUUUAUAUGACGAAUGAUGGGAACAAGUAUCGCAAGCGUGCUAGAGCCAACGCUGAGAAGUAUAUGAAGACAACGGCGCCGGCGAAGUAUCAUGACAAACUCGUACCUGACUUCGAACUCGGUUGCAAGAGACGGAUCUUCGACUCAGGUUACUUGAAGAGCUUGCACUCGGAAAAUCUCACUUUGAUAGACGAACCGAUCCAAGAAAUUGUGCCAGAGGGUAUUCGGACCCGAGAAGGCGUCACGGAAGCGGAUGUCAUCGUUUUGGCCAAUGGUUUUGUGACAAACAAUGCGGUUGGAGGCUUAGAUGUCAUUGGUCGAAACGGAGAGCAGAUAGACCAGCAUUGGGAGUCGUUUGGUGGCCCAGAGCAGCCUUGGCCAGGUCGGCAAGGGCCUCACGGCGCUUGA